CACUGCAUGCGAACCAAAAGAUGCUGACAGGGUUUCUCAAGAACAGACUCCACUUCAGGGGUUUCGUCAUCUCAGAUUGGGAGGGAAUUGACAGGAUUACAUAUCCACCACAUGCAAACUACACAUACUCUGUUCAAGCAUCAAUUCUAGCUGGUGUUGACAUGGUCAUGGUUCCUUAUAACUACCCAGAAUUUAUCAAUGAAUUGUCCAAUCUGGUUAAGAAGAAUGUCAUUCCCAUGAGCCGCAUAGAUGAUGCUGUGAAGAGGAUUUUGAGGGUUAAGUUCUCCAUGGGGCUCUUUGAGACCCCGCUUGCUGAUAACAGUCUGGCCAACGAAGUUGGAAGCAAGGAGCAUAGGGAACUCGCGAGGGAAGCUGUGAGGAAAUCACUUGUGCUAUUGCAAAAUGGAAAAUCUGCAGCAGCCGGGCCUCUGCUGCCUCUCCCUAAGAAAGUGCCAAAGAUUCUUGUUGCUGGAAGCCAUGCAGACAACUUGGGUUAUCAAUGCGGUGGAUGGACAAUCGAAUGGCAAGGAAUUGGCGGGAAUAACCUCACUGCCGGAACCACCAUCCUUAAUGCCAUCAAAGCCACUGUGAACCAAAGCACCCAGGUGGUCUUCAAUGAGAACCCUGACCCUGCCUUUGUCAAGUCCAAUGACUUCUCCUACGCCAUCGUGGUAGUAGGCGAGCAACCCUACGCUGAGACCAAAGGUGAUAACCUGAACCUCACUCUCCCUGAGCCCGGGCCUAGCACAAUCAACAAUGUAUGCGGGGCUGUCAAGUGUGUUGUCGUUGUUGUCUCCGGACGGCCUCUUGUUAUCGAACCAUAUCUUGCAUCAAUGGACGCUCUGGUGGCUGCAUGGCUCCCAGGUAGUGAAGGUCAAGGUGUGGCUGAUGCUCUUUUUGGUGACUAUGGAUUUUCUGGCAAGCUGGCUCGAACAUGGUUUAAACGAGUAGAUCAGCUACCCAUGAAUGUUGGGGAUCAACAUUAUGACCCUCUUUUCCCAUUUGGUUUUGGGCUAACAACUAAGCCUUCGAGGCAAAGCAGCUGAAGAUCCAUUCCCUAGAAAAAGUUCCAAGAACAAGUUUUUUUUUUUUUUUUCCUAAGCUAGU